UUUCGAGGAUUACAUCAUUUUGCAAGGUUGAUAAAUUUCCAAUUAUUGCGAUUGUUGACCCAACUGCUGAUAAGGAUACAUGGAAAAAGCAAAGUGACGCAGCAGAUUCUCUCUUCUUUUAUUACCUCUCGCGGCGGCUGCACUUGAACUUUAUUAUCAGUCUCACCUGCGGUGUGCUGCUGGACCAAAAAUGAGCGUGGCGACGGCUGACUACAUCGUGUUCGGAAUCAUGUUGGUGGCCAGCGUCCUGCUGGCCGUCUACUCGCGCCUCUCGACCCCCAAAGCGGCCGCCUCGGACAAGCAGAGCUUCAGCUUCGCCACAGGCACCGUCAGUUCGAGUGCGGUGCUCUUCAGCAUUGCCAGGACCGGAAUCGGCAUAAGAGCCAUCAUUGGUUUUCCUUCCGAGUUUUAUUACCAUGGGGUCGGCAUGUGGUUGACCAUGGGUGGUGUCAUGAUCUCAUUCCUCCUGAUAGACCUGAUCUUCAUGCCUGUCUACUUUGCAAUGCCCACCACCUCAGUUUACGAGUACUUGGAGCUGAGGUUUCAAAGCGGACUGAUUCGCCGUUUGACCUCCCUCCUCUACGUUGUUCGCAGCUGUCUCAUGCUGGGGGUGACUACCCUCACGCCCUGCGUGGCCAUCCAGGCCGUCCUGCCCGUGCCCUUGUGGGCUUCCAUCGUCGCUGUUAGCAUCCUGGGAAUUCUUUUUACGACAUUUGGCGGGAUGCGAGGCGUCAUUUUGAACGAUGCUCUCCAAGGCGGUGCUUUGAUUCUUUGCACCGUGGUAAUUUUGUAUAAAGCCACUGUUCAAGUGCCUGGAGGUUUCCUGGGAACGUUCAAAAUUGCCGCUGAACAAGGUCGUCUUGAACUUUUCAAUUUUGAUCUCGAUCCGACCAUCCGGCUGACCACAAUAUCCGCGAUAGUUGGCCAAAUUUUCAUCUCCACUUCGGUUUAUGGCUGCCAACAAGCGUUCGCGCAGAGAUACCGAAGCUUGCCCAACAGAAAAGCUGUCGUGCGGGUUAUCCUGUUAGCAAUUCCAGUGGUUGGUUUCCUCGAGAGUUUAACGUGGACUGCGGGAGUCGCUAUUUACGCUUUUUACGCAUAUUGCGAUCCGCUUAGCGCUGGUUUCAUCAAGAGCAUCGACGGCCUUGUUCCUUACUUCGUUAAAAACGAGUUUGCGGCCGUUCCCGGUCUCCUUGGCUUCUUCUUCGGCACCCUUUUCAACGGCUCUUUUGGAAUUACGGUUGCGAUUUUAAAUUCAGUAGCAACUGUGACGUGGGAGGAUUUCCUGAGCAAAAUAAAAUACGUGCAGGGACUGCCAGAAAAUAGACAGCUGCUCACUAUCAGAUUAAUUGGUGUCAUUUAUGCUAUUGGAAUUAUGUUCAUCGCAAUCGCCGUCUCCAUGUUGCCUGGUCUUGUCGAGUCGAGUUUGAUUAUUUCCUCUACGAUGAGUGGCCCGCUUCUUGGAGUGUUUCUGCUCGCGCUGCUCUUUCCCUUUGCCAACAAAUAUGGUGCUAUUUCGGGUCUUGCGGCAAGUCUUAUUUGGGCUGUAAGUCUCACUGCCGGUCGUUUGAUCAUCUCUAAAGGUCAAACAACCUUGCUUCCCCUCAGCAUGGACCGCUGUCCUGCGAACCAAACUUUCUCUGUAACAGAAAUUUCCAGCAAAUACAACUUUGGGCCUCCACCAAAAGCUCCACUCGACUGGACUUAUUUGUUUUCCAUUUCCUUUAUUUACUAUUCGAUGAUGGGAUGCAUAAUUUGCGUGAGCAUUGGACUUAUUGUCAGCUACUUCACAGCUUCGGCACGAGACUGCUACCCCGCCUCUUUAGUGCACCCCAUGGCCAUCAGAAUGAGCAACUUGUUGCCAGGCAGACCGCGAAAAUACUUGGCUGACACAGACUUUGGCAAGGGCAAAGCGAAUCUCAACGGCUCUAGGCGGAGCAUCAGAACUAUUUCUUUAUCAGUUGAUGAGCACGAGUACAUAACUCGGUUUUAGUUCAUAUAAUUGUCCAUGGUGUGGUUUCUGAUUUUUUAAUAAAAGAGGAAAUUAUUGAAACUGCAUGUUUUAAUU